AGUGGUGUAAACACUAGCUGCCGGUCAGCUUCAUGGUGGCUACGCUAAUAAGCUAGUUAACUCUUCCCUUCCUCCUCACGCCCGAACUUUGUACCCCUUUUUCCGGCUUUAAAUGGCCGGCGUCGCCCUGAAGCUGUCCGCUCCUCUGCGCUUUGUGAAGCUAAGAAGCUUGAGCAGAUUCUCCUCCGUUCCCAGCCUGAGGUUCCACACCGCAGGGUCUCCUGUGAUGGGUGCGACGGUUGAGCAGUUUGAGCAGGCGAAGAACACGAUGUCAACGCUGAAAAACGACCCGGGAAACGAAGCCAAGCUGAAAAUCUACGCUCUGUUCAAACAGGUGAAGCUUUAUUAAAGAUACAUAUUCUAUUAUUGU